CUCACUUUCAGGAACAUCUUGCACCCACUCAUCACCGCACCACCACAAUCGCAUCUUGGAUCCACCACUUCUUCCAUCCAUCGCCCCCUCGCACCGAAAACAUGAGCAACUUGUUCCAAUCUGCAGAGCACAAGGCCGAGCGCGCGCUCGCGCCGCUGAUUCCCAUCCCUGCAUUCGGCGACCUCAGCAAAGCUGCCAACGAUCUCAUCAACAAAGACUUCUACCACACCAGCCAAGCGACUCUUGAUGUCAAGCUCAAGGCACCAAGCGGUACCAAUGUCACCAUCAAGGGCAAGCAGGGCUUCGACGGCGUGACCGCAGGAUCCAUCGAGGGCAAGCAUGCAAUCAAGCCUCAUGGUGUCACCAUCACCCAAGCAUGGUCGACCGCGUCUCUGCUUGACAGCAAGGUCGAGCUCACUGAUGCCGUUGCUCCUGGUGUCAAGAUCGACCUUCAGAACCUCUGGAACCCCUCGAAGGAGGGCUCCGCCGCCCAGAAGGUCAACCUGGCCUUCAAGAACCCCAAUGUCCACUCACGCGCAUUCGUCAACUACGCGACCGCCAAGGGCAACAUUGACGCCAUUGUCGAUGUCGUUGCCGGCUCUGACGGUUUCCUCGUCGGUGGUGAGGCGGGUUACGAUGUCCAGAAGGCCGCUGUCACUCGCUACUCUCUCGGUCUCGGUUACCAGACUCCUAGCUACGUGGCCAGCAUCGUCGGCACGCAGAACCUGACUCAGAUUGCUGCCAGCUAUUACCAGAAGGUCAACACGGCUGUCGAGGUUGGUGCCAAGGCCGGGUACGACGUGCAGGCACAGAAAGCUAGCGGUUUGGAGCUCGCCUCCAAGUACAAGCUGGACCCACUGUCAUUUGCCAAGGCCAAGAUCAACGACCGCGGCAUUGCAGCUCUCGCCUACAGCACCAAGCUCAACGCCGGCACCACCAUCGGCCUUGGUCUUUCGCUCGACACCAAAGCGCUCAAUGAAGCUGGUCACAAGGUGGGUGUUUCGCUCGCCUUUGAGGGUUAAAUGCCCCCACCCCAAAAAAGGAGAUACAGUGUGGAGGUCGCAAAGACGUGUUUGGCAGAGCGAGCGAAUGGGAUGUGCGGAUUCCUGGGAUGAAGCGAGUUUCUUCUUCGCUACGCCAUUCUUCAGUAUUCAGUUUCGCCCAGCUAGUUUGUGUUAUUAUACCCCCCGCUAAGCAAAGCAAGCCGUACUUGUGGAAGCCUUUCUGCAUCCUCAUGUCUCGUCAUCAGCUGGUGGUAUGCCU